AGAGAAAAGUUAACAGACUGGCAAACUAUCCUACCGUCAUUAUUUGCCUUUGAGAUUUUACCCUUGAACUUUCCGAGUCAAAAUGAGAUUGAGUGGAUGAAUCUGUUCAAGCGCUGCACAGUGGCAGAAUCGACUACUGUGCGCUGUGCCGCACAGCGUCUAUUUUUGCCGUCUUUGUUGACCGAUGUGGACUCAUUGCUAUAUGUUGACACAGAUAUAUUAUUUUUGUCACCAAUAUCUGACAUAUGGAACUUUUUUAAAAAAUUACAAUUUAAUGACAGUCAAAUUGCCGCGCUGACGCCUGAACUCCUGAAUGAAAACAUAGGUUGGUACAACCGAUUUGCUCGUCAUCCAUUCUAUGGCCGUCUUGGUGUGAACUCCGGCGUCAUGUUAAUGAAUCUGACACGAAUUCGGGAAUUUCAUUGGGAAAAACAUAUAUCUAUACACGAAGAGUACAAGCUUUUUAUUAUAUGGGCCGAUCAAGACAUUAUAAAUAUACUUUUUUAUUAUUAUCCUGACAAACUAUUCUUUGAGUUGCUGGGCAUCAAAGAAUUUUAUUCGUAA